CACUAUUCUGGUGUGGAAGAGACAUUGGAGGACCUGUGAGAACAAAUUUCUCUGAACACAAGACCUAUACAUUAAAUUGCAGAGAUGAGGCUGCUCCUGGUUACACUACUGCUGGCUUCUGUAGCUGUCAUUCAAGCUCAGUGGUACAAUUUUCCAGGGGAGGCUAUCCAGGGGGCAAGGGACAUGUGGAAUGCCUAUUCGGACAUGAAGGAUGCCAACUGGAAAGACUCAGACAAGUACUUCCAUGCCCGAGGAAACUAUGACGCUGCCCAAAGGGGUCCUGGUGGCAAAUGGGCAGCUGAAGUGAUCAGCGAUGCCCGUGAGGGAUGGCAAGGAAAUAGUGGCCGGGGGCAUGAAGACUCUGAAGCAGAUCAGGUGGCCAAUCGCCAUGGCCGUGAAGGAAACGAUCCAAACCACUUCAGACCUGCAGGCCUCCCUGACAAAAUUGCAGAGAUGAGGCUGCUCCUGGCUACACUGGCUUCUGUAGCUGUCAUUCAAGCUCAGUGGUACAAUUUUCCAGGGGAGGCUAUCCAGGGGGCAAGGGACAUGUGGCGUGCCUAUUCGGACAUGAAGGAUGUCAACUGGAAAGACUCAGACAAGUACUUCCAUGCCCGGGGAAACUAUGACGCUGCCCAAAGGGGUCCUGGUGGCAAAUGGGCAGCUGAAGUGAUCAGUAAUUCCCGUGAAGGAUGGCAAGGAAAUAGCGGCCGGGGGCAUGAAGACUCUGAAGCAGAUCAGGAGGCCAAUCGCCAUGGCCGUGAAGGAAACGAUCCAAACCACUUCAGACCUGCAGGCCUCCCUGACCAAUACUGAAUCGGUCAUCUUCACUACCCGACUGCCAGAAGAAUGUGUUUGAAUAAAAUAUACCUGCAUUUA